AUGCUUGAAACCGGAGCAAUAUUGGGUUUAACCGGCACCACGGUGACGAGCCUUAUGUUCGUUUGGGCGAUGUAUUCACAAUACGUUCCUCGCCAUCUCCAAGUUUACGUUGAGAAGUACUCUUUCAAGAUGAUUGGGUGGAUCUCUUCUAAAGUUCGAAUCAAAUUCACCGAGUACACAGAAGAUGGAGGUCUCAAGAGAAGCGAGAACUACGACGCUAUACGCAACUAUCUAUCGACCAAUUCCGCGGCUCGUGCGCAGAGAUUGAAGGCCAACGAAUCAAGAAACAGCAAAUCGUUGGUGCUUAGUAUGGACGAUCACGAGGAAGUUGAAGAUGAGUUCGAAGGCGUGAAGGUGAAGUGGUACUCGAAUAUGAAAGUGACUCAGACUCAGUCUAACUACGGUCGAAGCAGCUCGGACGAGAGAAGGUUCUUCACGCUUACUUUCCAUAGGCGGCACAGAGGGAUGAUCAUUGCGACUUAUCUUGAUCAUGUUUUGAGCGAAGGGAAAGCGAUAGGGUUGAGGAAUAGAGAGAGGAAGCUCUACACUAAUAACUCGAGCCAAGAGUGGUAUCCAUGGAGGUCAGGGAAGUGGAGCAACGUUCCUUUUCACCAUCCGGCGACGUUCGAGACUUUGGCUAUGGAUCCCGAGAAGAAAGAAAAGAUUAAGAAGGAUUUGAUAAAGUUUAGCAACGGGAAAGAUUACUACAAGAAGGUUGGGAAGCCAUGGAAGCGAGGUUAUCUCUUGUUUGGUCCUCCCGGUACAGGGAAAUCGACGAUGAUUUCUGCAAUAGCGAACUUCCUGGACUACGAUGUGUAUGAUCUUGAGCUAACGACCGUGAAGGAUAACUCGGAGCUAAAGAAGUUGUUGCUUGAUACAAAAGGCAAGUCUAUCAUUGUGAUUGAAGACAUUGAUUGCUCGCUUGUUCUUACGGGACAGAGAAAGACGAAAAAGGAGGAAGAUGAAGAAGACGAAGAGGGGAAGAAGAAGAAGGAAGAUGAGAAUAAGGAGAAAAAGGAAGCUGAGAAACAGAGUAAAGUGACACUCUCAGGGCUUUUAAACUCCAUUGAUGGGUUAUGGUCAGCUUGUAGUGAUGAGAAGAUUAUUAUUUUCACUACGAAUUACGUGGAUAAGCUUGAUCCGGCAUUGAUACGCAGAGGAAGAAUGGACAACCACAUUGAGAUGUCUUAUUGCAGGUUCAAAGCAUUCAAGGUUUUGGCUAAGAACUACUUAGAUAUCGAUUCACACGAGUUGUACGGAGAAAUCGAGAGAUUGCUUGGGGAAACCGAUAUGUCCCCUGCGGAUGUUGCAGAGACUUUGAUGCCGAAAUCUGAUGAAGAAGAUGCAGAUGUUUGCGUUAAACGUUUGGUCGAAACUUUGGAGGAAGAGAAGGUGAAGGCGCGGAAGUUGGCUGAAGAAGAAGAGAAGAAAAAAGCAGAGAAAGAAGAGAAGAGGAAGAAGAAGAAGAAAGAAGAGGAAGAAGAGAAGAAGAAGAAAGAAGAGGAAGAAGAGAAGAAGAAGAAGACAGAGGAAGAAGGGAAGAAGAAAAGGACAGAGGAAGAAGAGAAGAAGGAGAAAGAAAAUAAAGUGAGUGGGUCGGAGAAAAACGGCGACGUUUCUCAUGAAAAUGGUAUCAACUGA